AGUACUCCUUCAUCAUCAGUCCCUACUCCUUCAUCAUCAGUCCGUACUCCUUCAUCAUCAGUCCGUACUCCUUCAUCAUCAGUCCCUACUCCUUCAUCAUCAGUCCCUACUCCUUCAUCAUCAGUCCCUAAUCCUUCAUCUUCAGUGACUACUCCUUCAUCCUCAGUCCCUACUCCUUCAUCAUCAGUCCCUACUCCUUCAUCAUCAGUCCCUAAUCCUUCAUCAUCAGUGCCUACUCCUUCAUCAUCAGUCCCUACUCCUUUAUUAUCAGUUCCUACCCCUUCAUCAUCAGUCCCUACUCCUUCAUCAUCAGUGCCUAAUCCUUCAUCAUCAGUCCCUACUCCUUCAUCAUCAGUCCCUACUCCUUCAUCAUCAGUCCCUACCCCUUCAUCAUCAGUCCCUAAUCCUUCAUCAUCAGUGCCUACUCCUUCAUCAUCAGUGCCUACUCCUUCAUCAUCAGUCCCUACUUCUUCAUUAUCAGUUCCUAAUUCUUUAUCAUCAGUCCCUACUCCUUCAUCAUCAGUGCCUAAUCCUUCAUCUUCAUUCCCUACUCCUUUAACAUCAGUCCCUACUCCUUCAAAACCAGUCCCUACUCCUUUAAAACCAGUCCGUACUCCUUCAUCUUCAGUACCUACUCCUUCAUCACCAGUCCCUACUCCGUCAAAACCCGUACCUAAUCCUUUAAAACCAGUCCCUACUCCUUCAUCAUCAGUAACUACUCCUUCAUCAUCAGUCCCUACUCCUUCAAUACCAGUCCCUACUCCUUUUAAACCAGUCCCUACUCCUUUACUAUCAGUACCUACUCCAUCAUCAGUCCCUACUCCUUCAAAACCAGUCCCUAUUCCUUUAUCACCAGUCCCUACUUCUUCGUCAUCAGUCCCUACUACUUCAUUAUCAGUCCUAUCACUUUAUAAUCAGUCGCUACUACUUCAUCAUCAAUCCCUAAUCCUUCAAAACCAGUCCCUACUUCUUUAAAACCAGUCCCUACUCCUUCAUCAUCAGUACCUACUCCAUCAUCAGUCCCUACUCCUUUAAAACCAGUCCCUACUCCUUUAUCAUCAGUCCCUACUACUUCAUCAUCAGUCCCUAAUCCUUUAAAACCAGUCCCUACUCCUUCAUCAUCAGUACGUUCUCCAUCAUCAGUCCUUGCUCCUUUAAAACCAGUCCCUACUCCUUUAAAACCAGUCCGUACUCCUUCAUCUUCAGUACCUACUCCUUCAUCACCAGUCCCUACUCCGUCAAAACCCGUACCUAAUCCUUUAAAACCAGUCCCUACUCCUUCAUCAUCAGUAACUACUCCUUCAUCAUCAGUCCCUACUCCUUCAAUACCAGUCCCUACUCCUUUUAAACCAGUCCCUACUCCUUUAUUAUCAGUACCUACUCCAUCAUCAGUCCCUACUCCUUCAAAACCAGUCCCUAUUCCUUUAUCACCAGUCCCUACUUCUUCAUCAUCAGUCCCUACUACUUCAUUAUCAGUCCUAUCACUUUAUAAUCAGUCGCUACUACUUCAUCAUCAAUCCCUAAUCCUUCAAAACCAGUCCCUACUUCUUUAAAACCAGUCCCUACUCCUUCAUCAUCAGUACCUACUCCAUCAUCAGUCCCUACUCCUUUAAAACCAGUCCCUACUCCUUUAUCAUCAGUCCCUACUACUUCAUCAUCAGUCCCUAAUCCUUUAAAACCAGUCCCUACUCCUUCAUCAUCAGUACGUUCUCCAUCAUCAGUCCUUGCUCCUUUAAAACCAGUCCCUACUUCUUUGAAAUCAGUCCCUACUCCUUCAUCAUCAGUACCUACUCCGUCAUAAGUCCCUACUCCUUUAAAACCAGUCCCUACUCCUCUAUCAUCAGUCCCUACUACUUCAUCAUCAGUCCCUAAUCCUUUAAAACCAGUCCCUACUCCUUCAUCAUCAGUACCUACUCCAUCAUCAGUCCCUGCUCCUUUAAAACCAGUCCCUACUCCUUUAAAACCAGUCCCUACUCCUUCAUAAUCAGUUCCCACUCCUUCAAUAUCAGUCCCUACUCCUUCAUCAUCAGUCCCUACUCUAUCAUCAUCAGUCCCUACUCCUUCAUAAUCAGUCCCUACUCCUUCAUCAUCAGUCCAUACUACUUCUAUAACAGUCCCUACUCCUUUAUUAUCAGUCCCUACUACUCCAAUAUCAGUCCCUACACCAUUAUCAUAUGCUUCUACUUCAAUAUCAGUCCCUACUCCUUCAUCAUCAGUCCCUACUCUAUCAUCAUCAGUCCCUACUCCUUCAUAAUCAGUCCCUACUCCUUCAUCAUCAGUCCCUACUACUUUAACAUCAGUCCCUACUCCUUUAUCAUCAGUCCCUACUACUUUAAUAUCAGUCCCUACUCCUUCAUCAUCAGUCUCUACUCCCUUACAAUAAACUUCACAAAAAACAUUUGGGGCACAAAGCCUGAAUAAGUUAUCCGCCGGAUAGGCGCUAACCGCCGGAUAAAAUCCCUAUCCAGCGGAUAGUUAUUCGGCGGAUAAAAUAGCGGUGCACAAAGCGUGGAUAGAAGGCUGGAUAACUAUCCGAUGAAUAGCCAUCAUUACCACUAAAUGGCUUCCCGUUUCCAUGGUAAAUAUACAAAGCGCGCGUUGUUUUUCCUUCAAACAAAAUGGCGACCGUUUAAAAAGCUAUUAAAAGUGCCAGAUAACAAAUAGUUUAUCGAGGCAAAGUGCAUGUAAAUCACGGAAUGAUCAAAGGGGAUAGGGUUUAGCUUCUUCCUGUCUUCGGGAGUCACAUUUCCCGACAGAACGGACUAUAUAGUUUGAUUUCAGUCCUACCAGAGCUGCAUGUAAGUUCUCGUAGUUCAUUGUGAAUAUAUCAACUGUAAAAGAGUCGCUUGCUUGUGUUUUUACUUUCACUGUGUCUAAAAUGAAUCUAAAUUUUGGCAAUAAAUUUUAAAACAAGACGCCAUUUUGUUUUUUCUUCACAUUUAUUCAGUAGAUAAGAUUAUAUCCGACCUUUAUCAUUCGGAUAACUUUAACCGCUGGAUAACUUUUAUUCGGGCUUUGUGCAACGGAGUCACGCCACUCGGAUAACUUUUAUCCGCUGGAUAAAGAUUUAACCGGUGGAUAAGACUGAUCCAGGCUUUGUGAAACCGGUCCCAUGGGGCACAAUCACCUGCGCACAAUCACCUCCCAAUCUUUGCUAAGCAACGUCACCGUCACUGCGUUGGGCCUGGUGCUGUAGUGAUUGUGUAGCUACACUGAAUCCAGAGACUUAAAAUGACGGUAGAAGUAAUGACGGUUAAGACUUAAAAUGACGGUAGAAGUAAUGACGGUUAAGACUUAUAAUGACGGCAGAAGUAAUGACGGUUAAGACUUAAAAUGACGGUAGAUGUAAUGACGGUUAAGACUUAUAAUGACGGCAGAGGUAAUGACGGUAAAGACUUAUAAUGAAGGUGAAGUCUUAUAAUGACGGCAGAAGUAAUGACGAAUAAAACGAUAAGUUCAGCCACGAAAACAAAGAACAUAUCAUUUCUGCUUCCUUAUAAUUUCAUUAUCAUGCCUAGAAACGAGCAUUUCCCAGAGUUCAACUAAUAAAAGACAUCUUUAAAAUGAAACUUUUUAAGCACACUUUCAUUCAUAUCUAAUAAUUCUGGGCACGGGAUUUAGUUUCACAUGUCAGCACAUUAGUUUUGAGAGAUCUCCAUCAAAGAUAAUGAACACGAUAAGACGCAAACCUCUCGCUAGUCUCGCUAGACCUGACAACAGUAUUGCAAUCUAAUCGUAAUCAAACACACCCGUGUGGUUAACAAGGCCUGACAACAGUAUUGCAAUCUCCUAAUCGUAAUCAAACACACCCGUGUGGUUAACAGUCAUGGGAAGGGGCGCCACCACAUUGUGACAUUAACCGGCGCGCGCACAUUCAUGCAAUUACCGGUGAAAAUAAAUAGCUUUCA